AUGAGUAGCAAAGCUGGACAACGGGGACGUAAAGUUUGUGUAUGGGGAAGAGUAAGACCUACGUCUGAUUUUGCUCACGAUAAUUUAGAGUUACUUCCAGAUGGCAAGAGUGUCAAUGUUCAUAUGGAGAAAGACCCGAGAAAAGGGGUGGUCAACAACCAGAUCAUGGAUUGGUCAUUUAAACUGGAUGGAAUUUUCCACAAUACAAAUCAAGAGCAGGUUUAUGAAACUCUAGCAACAGAUAUUGUUACGUCUGCCCUAGAUGGCUAUAACGGAACUUUAAUGUGCUAUGGACAAACUGGUGCUGGUAAAACAUUCACCAUGACUGGAGCCACAGAGAGUUAUCAACAUAGAGGUUUGAUUCCAAGGUCUUUAUCUCAGUUAUUUCGAGAUAUUGAAGACAGACCAGAAUAUUCCAUCACUGUCAGGAUAUCAUAUAUGGAGAUCUAUAAUGAAACCAUGUAUGAUCUGCUAUCUACACUACCUGAUGCUAACAGUAAAAUAGAUGAUGAACCUAUGGUAGUCACAGAAAACAAUGAUGGGGUUUUUGUUAAAGGCCUGUCCUGUCAUUUAGCUCAAAAUGAAGAGGAUGCUUUAAAUUUACUUUUCGAGGGAGAAACCAAUAGGGCUAUCUCUUCCCAUUCUUUAAAUAAGCAAUCAUCGCGGUCACAUUGUCUAUUUACUGUUUAUUUAGAGUCAAGAUCGCGUGUACAGUCUGAUGCUAGAUAUACUGUAUCAAAAUUAAACUUCGUAGAUUUAGCUGGGUCAGAAAGACUGAGUAAAACUAAGUCGGAAGGCAAAACCCAAACAGAGGCUAUGUAUAUCAACAAAUCUCUCUCCUUCCUAGAACAAGUGAUAGUAGCUCUGGCUGAUAAAAGGCGGGAACACGUACCUUUCCGCCAGUCGAAAUUGACACAUUAUUUGAAAGAUUCUAUUGGUGGUAACUGUAAAACUGUCAUGAUAGCCAAUAUGUGGGGCGAGUACAGUCAGAUGGAAGAAACGGUAUCUACAUUACGUUUUGCUACCAGAAUGAUGUGUGUAUCAAGUGAACCAGCUGUCAAUAAAGUUUACGACCCAACUCUAUUAUGUAAGAAGUUACAAGAAGAAAUAAAUUAUUUGAAAUCAGAAUUGGCCAUGCAUGAUACAUUGGCUAACAGAAGUCAUAUUGGAUAUGAUGCUCUGUCAGAACAACAGAAGUAUGAAAUCAGACAUCAAGUUAGACGCUAUCUAGAAGGAACUGUAGAUGAAGUUGAUAUUGUUAAUAUUCGUCAAAUUCAAGGUACAUACGAAGCCUUUAAAGAGAUUAAUCAUCAAAUGGAGGGUGAAAUAGAGGAGAAGUUAAGACAGAAAUAUACUUUAAUAGAUAAAACAGAUCCAGCUGCUGUCAGUGCUGCCCAACAAGCAGGAUUGAUAUCAGAUGAAGCCUCAUUAGUAGGAGAAUCUGAUGGGUCAGGGUUUGGUGUGGGAAGUGCUCCACGUUCAGUUAAAGCUGAACCAUCUGCUGUUGUUCAACUCAAAAAGAAGGAAAAAGAACGAGAAAGUAAGAAAAAAGGAAUGAAGGAUAGACAGAGUCCAGUUGCAGGUAAAGCAUCAACCAGUCCAUCUCAUUCAGCCAAGGGAGACAGGGAGCUGAAAUCACCACAUACCCCUAUUGAUAGAAAGGAAGAUAAGGAUGUAGAUGGUACUGCCUCCCCUAUUAGUUCAAUGGGUGCUGCCCCAAAUAUGAAGGAAAGACCAAGUACCCCACCUAGCAGAUCUACAGCUUUUGAAGAAUUCAAACAGGAGAGAGGCAGUAAAAUUAAUAGUAUUCUCAUUGAAAAUAAAGAAAUUCUAGCUUCCAAAAAGAAAGCGUACACAGAAAAGGCCAGGCUUAUUAAUGCCAAUAAAGUAGAUAUUGAUAAAGCAAGACAAAAAUUGGAUGAGCUAAGAUUAGCCAGAGAGGCUGAAGGUGUCAUGUUCAAUGAAGAAGGAGACGUUAUUAUUAGUGAAGAGGAAUUCUUAACCAUCAAACAUCUAAAAGAAUUAAAACAGACCUACAGAAGUAACUUUGAAGAUUUGAAGAAUUUAAAAACAGAAGUGCAGUAUUGCCAGAAGUUAGUAGAUCAGUGUCGCCAGAAACUUUUACAAGAAUUUGACACUUGGUAUGCUGAAAGUUUUCUUACUGCUAAUGAUGAAACAGCUACAAGUCUGGCAGCAGGGCAUGGCACCAGACCAGGAGUAUUUAUGGCUUAUAAUACACAAACUGUGCCUGAAGAUGAACAAGAAAAAUUUGAUAGAUUACAACGUGAACUGUUGAUGAAUAAUCCUGAUUCAGCCUCAUUUUAUAAUGCUCAAAUGAGAACACAAAGAAGGAAAACCUAUGCUUCAGCUAUGUCCCAACCUCAACCUAGUUUUAAUCGAAGACAAGCCGGAACACCUACCAUGCAAGUACGGAACCAACCCCCUACAUUAUUACAAGUUCAAUACUAGAUAUAAUCCACAAAUACCUGAAAAUAGGUCACUUUAUAUUUAUUUACAAUAUUAAAAUCUGUUAUGGUUUGUAAGGAGGUUUUCUAGUUUGUUUUUUUUUUUCAGUAUCUGGCUUCUAUUGCACUAUUUCAUUUUCUGUCAGAUAUCUGUAUUUUUUGCAAUUAUGCUUAAUGAUAUAUGAUUUUUACUGUAACAAAUCUGGCUAAUAAGAUCUAAGCGCUUUUGUGAUAGCUUAUCAAACGCAAUAGACAUCUAACUGAAAAUUUAAAUGGUUCAAAUCAUUGCUAUCAGUGUCUCCAAUACACAUAAAAAGUUUAGAAAACCUCUUUACAA